CGGGCCAUGAGGAUCCUGUGGCUGGCGCUGUGCGUGCUGCAGCGGCUGUGGCCCGCGGCCCUGGCCGGUUGCGCCGAGGCGGGGCGCUGCUGCCCCGGCCGGGACCCCGCCUGUUUCGCCCGCGGCUGGAGGCUGGACCGGGUCUAUGGGACGUGCUUCUGCGACCAAGCCUGCCGCCUCACCGGAGACUGCUGCUUCGACUACUCCAGGGCGUGCCCAGCUCGCCCGUGCGUCGUGGGGGAGUGGAGCCCGUGGAGCGGCUGCGCGGACCAGUGCAAGCCGGCGGCCCGCGUGCGGAGGCGCCUGGUGCAGCAGGAGCCCCUGAACGGCGGGGCGCCCUGCCCCGCCCUGGAGGAGAGAGCCGGCUGCCUGGAGUACUGGUCGCGGCAGGGCCGGGACUGCGGGCAGGCCUUCGUCCCUGCCUUCAUAACUACCUCUGCAUUCAACAAGGAGCGAACAAGACAAGCUGCCUCCCCGAACUGGUCUACAGACACAGAGGAUGCUGGAUACUGCAUGGAGUUCAGGACCGAGUGGUUGACUCCUCACUGCGCCAUGGAGCACCGCCCGCUGACGCGAUGGAUGCAGUACCUGCGCGAGGGGUACACCGUGUGUGUGGACUGUCAACCUCCAGCCAUGAACUCUGUGAGCCACCGUUGUUCCGGAGACGGCCUGGACUCGGACGGAAAUCAGACUCUCCACUGGCAAGCAAUUGGUAAUCCUCGAUGUCAAGGAACUUGGAAAAAAGUUCGGCGAGUGGACCAGUGUUCUUGUCCAGCUGUGCACAGUUUUAUAUUUAUAUAGAUUGUGAAGUAAAUAUUUCAAAACCUGUUUGUAAACAUGAUAACUAUGAUCAA